UUCGACGCCUGCCCAUCGGAUGGAACCAUGGAAGCGCUCAUCCGUGCCAGCCACUUCAACCCAGCAAGGCCUUACGAUCUGCAGACCAUUUCCGGAAACUUGACAUUCAAAGAAGAUAUGAGGGACAAUUACUGGUCUCGUGUGGACUUGGCCGUGCGAUCAAACAAUCAAUGGAAAGAGAACGCCUUCGUCUUCAAUUUCCCUAAAUUGGGAUGCACUGCGAUCCGUGAACACGCUCCGGACUUCUUCCGCGUCGUAGCGAAGUACAGCGGAGCACCGACAGACAAGGCGAUUCCCUGUGUCAUACCAGCGGGCGUUUACGUUGUGAAGAACGAAUCGGUGAGCUGGACGUUUCCCAACUUCCCAGUAAUACCGUACGGGCGUUACCGGUUCCGAGUGACGUCCCGCAGCUCCAGCACCAGCCGCACUCCUGUGCUAUGCCUCGAAGUCGACUGCGAAGCGAUUCCGAAACCGUAG